AUGGAAAUGCCUACACAAAUGUGUCUACCUGUAAAGUCUUGCAAAGCAGUCAAAUGUUGCUGUGGUAAAGUCUGCAAAGGAGCUCGUGGACUUAAAAUGCACCAACGAAGCUGUAGAGUUACUGACGACCUUGAAGACGAACUGCAACAACAAAUGAUUGAAGCAUUGAACGACGACAAUCAUGGGGAUAACACUGACCCAGUUAACCCUGAAAUAUCACAUUUGAACACCCAAGAAAACUUCCCCGACUUAAAAAGGGGGAUAAAACUACCCAAAUCGCUAUUACAAUGGUCAACUGCCAACGACUUUUUCAAGCUAACUUUUUUGAAUCACCCAAUCACACCGGAUAAUCUAAAUAACAACAUCAAUACCAUGGUAACCGUCGUCUACAAUUACUUUAGUGGGAAUUUUGGACAUGUUGAUAACAAUAGCAGUGUAGAAUUCGAAAGAAAAUACCAAACAUUUUCAACAAAGGAUUUAAAAAAAGUUUUAAAGAAAUUAAAACUGGAAAACGGUAGUAUUCUGGAGAUAAAAUUUGUCGCGAAGAAAUUGCGCAUCCUCCUUAAUAAGUCAAAUAAUACGGAACUACAUAAUUCUGAUAGUCAUGCAUCUGCAGACAUUGAUCACGAUAAUCUAAUUG